CAUCAUGACAUCCUUGUAGAGGUCCUUGUGUCUCUUAGAAAGGAUCAUACCUCCAUACUCAUCCUCUUCUUUAACAACAAUAUUAUAAUCUCUGAGGUUUUCACUCUACAUCUGAUGGUGAGGGAUGGUGUGACCUUCCUGUGUGGAAUCCCAGGAAUACAGAGGACGGGGAGAUCUCUCUGGUAGGUUCCUGGUAUUAGGUGGCUCCAUCAUAUCCUUGCAUCCUUCUGAAAACUCCUCCAUCACUCCAUACUCCUCAUCCUCAUUGUCCUCUUCUUU